GCAAUUUGACAGUCACAAAAUGACAGAUGACAUAAACAACAAAGUUGCGUGUAUUUUUAUUAAUUAAUUUGUGGAUACAUGUGGAGUUUCAAAAUAUUGAACUUUUAAUAGGCUUAUAAUUAUUAAUACAUUUAUCAAAAAAAUUACGUUAGUAAUUUUUCACAAAUUCAGACGCUUUGGAGGUUAUGUUCCUUUAUUAUUCUUUCCAUUUGAUAGCGAAAUUUAAACAUUAGCAAUAAUGCUGGGCGUUCGCGUAAACGCGUUUAGUGAGAAUGGUCUGGGGGAACCCGAACAAGAUGCAAAUUCAGCGUUGACCGAACUUGAUAAAGGUCUAAGAUCUGGCAAAGUCGGAGAACAAUGCGAAGCAAUCGUCCGUUUCCCAAAGUUAUUUGAGAAAUAUCCUUUCCCGAUACUAAUUAACGCUUCAUUAUUAAAGCUCGCAGAUGUGUUUCGAAUGGGAAACAAUUUUUUACGUCUGUGUGUUCUCCGCGUGUGUCAACAAAGUGAAAAGCAUCUGGAUAAAAUUUCAAGCGUUGAUGAGUUUGUUAGGAGAAUAUACACAGUAAUUCAUAGUAAUGAUCCAAUUGCACGGGCCGUUACGCUGCGAACAUUUGGUGCUGUGGCUGCUAUAAUUCCAGAACGUCAACAAGUGCAUCAUAGUAUACGUAGUAGUUUGGAUUCACAUGAUAAUGUAGAAGUGGAAGCUGCUAUUUAUGCUGCAAUUCAGUUUGCAGCUCAAUCAAAAACUUUUGCUGUGAGUAUGUGUAAUAAAGUGUCAGAUAUGAUCCAAGGACAGUCAACGCCAGCUAGCAUGAAACUGCAGUUGAUACCAAUCCUCCAGUACAUGCAUCAUGACACAAAUACAGCUGCAAUGGUUAGAACAUUAUGUAUAGAUUUAUUACCUAGUUAUCCAGCUCAGGAUUUUGUGUUAGUAACGUUGAAUACACUUACGCAAUUGGCUGCGGCUACUUUGGUCGAUGUACCAAGUCAAGUCACUUUACUUUUAAAAUAUUUACGGAAUGAUCCUAGAGGCGAAGUUAAAUCUAAGUGUUUACAGUUUUUGUAUAAGCUGGCUAAACCGGGAGCUCAUUUGUGGCCACCUGGUGCCACUGACAAUAUUAUAGAUUUUGCUUUGCACGCUAACAAGUCAAAACUCUUAAUGUUGGCACUAGGUGUUAUUCAAGUUCUUACAGAAUCUCCAAGAAUGUGUCAUGAUUACCGCGAUAGUAAAUCAAAAUUAAGAGAACUGUGCACCAAACAUUGUUACUCGCCUCAAACAGACGUUGCAGUACAGGCCAUACAAAUCCUUACGCAAAUUUUAUGUUAUUGCUACAAAGAGAAACUUGACACUGAAGGUGCAGAAGAAGUAAUUUCAUCUUUAGAAACUUUGAUCUUAUUAUUAACAUUUUCUAAUGAAAAGCAACCGGAACAACUAAAAUUAGCAUUAAAAUGUGCUGUCAGACUAUGCGAAGCAAAAAAAGAACAUUGUGAAACAUUCGUGGAACUAUUAGGAACAAGACUCGAUAACAUCCACAAUUUAGACCACCGUACCAUCGUAAUCUGCGAAACUCUUGGUGCCAUGGGUGGUCUAAAACCUGACACCCUUUUAUCACUACUCGGCAAUUUAUUAAGUUUACUACGCGCUUUAUCAGAGAUUGAAAACACAACGGAUGAACAAACCCGCACAAAGAUUAUGUUGUGCACAUUAGUUUUCCAGAGCAUGUCUGAUUAUCUGUGGAAUGAAGAAACUGAAAGUGCUAUACGCUGCGUCAUUGAAAACAGUAACAAUUUGUGGGCUAAUUAUUGCAUAGCAAGAGCCGCAGUUCGGUAUGGUCACCAUAAGAUAGCACAUAGCAUUUUUAUUCAAUUAACAGAACAAGUUAGUUCAGAACAUUUCCAUUUUUGGUUGGUGUGUUUAAAAGAAAUGUCAGAAGCGGAGUCUCAUUUACUUAGUAGCGAUGACAGUUUAGUUACAAGGUUGGAAAAAGCGAUUAUUCAUUACAAUAAAGCAAUAGCAGCUCUAAAGGCUGCUAGCACCCCAUCUCAUAACCUCCAGUUUCAAGCUGAGUAUAUGCGCAUUCGUUCGGAAUUUUUACAGUGUUUAAUUCAAUUAAUUUAUACUUGUAACACCCUGUGCAUUGUUCCACCGCCCGCGAUAGCAGCAACCAUUGUUCAAAACACCCGUGACGAGUAUCAAAGACAUGGAUAUAUCACAAAUCAGUUGCGAAAAUGUGUCAAAGAAUUUAAAAAUUGUGGCGAUUUGUAUUGGAAGCUUUACCAAACAGCAUUUGAUGCAGAUCCGGCGACUUUAGAAAAUAUGCAGAUUUUACAACAAAUGUGUGUUUUGGUGGAACAAGGUGUCGAAAGUGUUUGCGUAAAUGGUGCCAAAAUCAGAGACGAACCUGUUGAAUUUGGGGCUGAAAAUAUUAGACUCGAAUCGCAACAGUUGGUGAAAGCUUGCUGCAAUGCGUUGAAGAUUGCACAUGCGGUCGUUGAUGACUCCUCAAUAAAUACAAUCACACACCGGCAUGUCGAACUGCUAAAAAAAAUUACGGAAGUUUUGGCAAAUGGAUCUCUUCCUAUUCCGCGAUAUUUUUUCCAAGUUUUGCAAUCUACUAGUGUUAAGUUAGCCAUUUCACCUCAACCUCGCGUCAUGGGUGAGUUUAUUAGUGUUCAAGCGAAUUCCCAGUUGGCUGUGAAAGUUGAAGGGGUAAUUCAACAUGGGAUGAAACCGGGACUUUUUAGAAAAAUAGAGGAAGUUAUGGUAACGGUUACUUCACAGAUACAAAAUAACAGUAAAAGUAAAGAUGUGGAUAAUAAGAAUACAGAGCAAAGUUCAGUAUUAACUCAAGCAGUAACUCCUCAUAAAGACUUUUUCACAGCACAGUUUCUUCUUGCAUUUCCAAAAGGAGGUCAGUAUUUAUUAGUUGUUGAGGCGUCAGUAGUAGAUGAAGAUAGCAACACUUGGAAAACUGGUCCCAGGUCGACUCUAACUGUCAAAGUACCUGAAGAAGCUAAACUAACCCCCAUUACUGUACCAGGAAUGGCCUCCAAUGCGAACGUGAUACUGAUGCCCGAAGAUAAUCUUUUUAUCCGCCCGCAUCAGAAAAAAUCGUAGAAGAACGCAAGAAAGCAACUAUUAAAUAGAAAAUGUAUUUAUUUAACAUGUAACAAUUGUUCAAUAAUAAACAUAUAAAAUCAGAUUCAAAUAAUA